UGCUACACCAACUCCUAGAUAUCCCCCUUCUCUUUCUUUAAAUUAUAUGCUGUUAAUAAAGCAUCUCGUACUGCACACAAAACAAAGAAAGCUACAUCCUUGGAGAUUUGGUGCUCCAAACUUUUUUUUCCUCACAUCUCUCUUAUUGGCCCUUUUUGACAACUUUAGAUAUUAGGUAUUGUAAAAGAUUUUGCUCCUACACCCCUGUAUCAUUUUAGUUCUGCCGGCAUCCACAUUUUUCUGUUACAAAGAAUAUUUUAGAUUGGCGUUUAUCAGGGUUAUGCUUAGAAUUGCCAUGUUUAUAUUGGUCAAUUUGAUUUUCAGUGAUGCCGAUUGAGAAUGCUAGUGCAGUGGAGAAUCAAGCUGUGGAUGAACCGCAGGCUUCGUGGUUUACUUGGACAAUUGAUAAUUUCUCUCGGCUAUCAUUGAAAAAUUAAUAUUCUGAGGUUUUCACUGUUGGUGGUUAUAAAUGGUUGGGCAGUUAAGAGAAGAAGUUUCUAACAAGACAAACACAGCGGAACUGAAGUUAUUUUUGGAAGUGGAGAAUGGGGCGAUUGAAGAUGGAGACAUUAUUUGCUUUAAGAAGAAACUUUCUCCUGAAGUUGAACAACAAGCCCGUUUUCCAGAUGUUCCUUCAUUUUUGGAAUAUGUGAAAAAUCGCCAGAUCUCUGAUAUUCUGUAUUAUGAGGUUCUGAACAUCCCUCUGCCAGAGUUGCAAUGUCUGAAGACACUCAAGGUCAACGCUCAUCAUUCCACAAAGGAUGAGGUGUGUCUGAGAUGACCAAGUUUCUUUUUAUUGAGUUUUUACAUUGCUUUCAGAUUGAAAUUCUGAAUAUAAGAUUGUCUAAGCAGAGUACUGUGGGUGAUGUGCUUAAUGAAAUCAAAUCAAAGGUAAGUUUUGCUGCUUUGAUAUCUUUAAUUGCUGCAUUGAGUAUUUGAAAAAGAAUAGCAGUUUCCUCCUCCUCGGUAAAAAGAACAUAUCACAGAAGAGUGUCAUCCCCUAGU